CUUACAGUUGCAACACAACUUCGCAUUCGAAAAGCAUGUCGAUCCGGCCGUGACGAGUACACUGAGCGUCCCAUGCUGUCCUCUCUGUGGAUAUGUCCAGCUCAUCACCAAGCCCGCCCUUCCAACAGGGCGAGGCAUCAUCCAGUCGCGAUCCCCCGAGGCAAACAACUGUAGAGGACGAGAACGACGAUGAGGAUGCUCUACUCUCCUCGGAUCCGUUGGAAGGCCAGACGACUGAGCGCAUAUCCUUUAAGCGCAAACAGAAAGCUUCAAAGCCAGGCUUAUCUAUGCCGCGCUUCUUCUCUGCCACGACCGACGCCAAUCGCGACGAUAGACCAUUCCUCCCAAGUCAAGCCCCCUCGUCUCGAGACACACGCGCUCGAAGUGGCACGGAUUCAACAGAAGUCAUAUUGAAUUACCUCGACUCACAUGGGGAUGCUGGGCCACAGCUUCAAGACGCGAAGCAUGCCAGCGCGAUGGACUGGUACGUGGAGGGGCCCGGAAGGCGCGUUGGAUACGACGAUCUCACAGCCAUCGAUUGGAUAUUUGAAUAUGCGAAAGAUAGACAGAGGCUAAGGUUUCUUUUCUCGGACACAUCAGGCAUCAUGGGACACCUCCGGCAGCUUGCAGAUGCGAGCCAAAUAUGGUGGAUACUGAUAGCUGCGGGCAUUGCCAGCGGCGCAAUUGCGGCAUUCAUCGAUAUCGCUAGUGACUGGCUAGGAGAUCUCAAAACUGGCGUGUGCAAGAACGUAGAGGGCGACGGUCACUUCUAUCUGAGUAAACCAUUCUGCUGUUGGGGAUAUUCGGACCUGUCUCAAUGCCAUGAUUGGCAUCCAUGGAGCUCUGCGCUUGGGGUACGGUCUGCCGGAGGUGGCUAUAUAAUAGAGUACAUUUUCUUCGUCGUAUUUUCUGUCUCAUUUGCAGCAUUCGCAAGCCUUCUUGUACAAAACUACGCGCCUUACGCAAGACACAGUGGUAUCCCCGAGAUCAAGACGGUCCUAGGUGGGUUCGUCAUCCGGCGCUUCUUGGGCGUUUGGACUUUGGCGAUCAAGUCGUUGGGUCUCUGUUUGGCUGUCGCAUCUGGGCUAUGGCUGGGUAAGGAGGGACCAUUAGUUCACGUCGCAUGCUGUUGCGCCAAUUUGUUCAUGAAGUUCUUCACUAGCAUCAACGACAACGAAGCUCGUAAACGAGAGGUGCUUUCUGCAGCGGCAGCGGCAGGAAUCUCCGUCGCCUUCGGAUCUCCAAUCGGGGGCGUGCUUUUCAGUCUUGAGCAACUCUCCUAUUACUUUCCUGACAAGACCAUGUGGCAGAGCUUCGUGUGUGCUAUGGUGGCCGCUGUAACGCUCCAGGCGUGCAAUCCCUUCCGGACUGGCAAGCUUGUGUUAUACCAGGUCACCUACCACAGCGGCUGGCACGCUUUCGAGAUGGUCCCUUUUGCCUUGCUGGGAGUUCUGGGUGGCUUGUACGGAGGUCUUUUCAUCAAGCUCAACAUGUUUGUGGCCAAAUGGCGGCAAGCAAACCCUAUCUUCAAGGACCCUGUCGUUGAGGUCGUCUCAGUCGCAUUGCUAACGUCAAUCACCAACUUCCCCAUUAAGUUCAUGCGCGCGCAAGCCUCUGAGCUGGUAUACACAUUGUUCGCCGAAUGUGUGGACAUCACCGACGAUCAACUUGGUCUGUGCAAAUCGGGCAAAGCGAAUACUGGGGUUGUUGCUCUGCUGAUAAUCUCCGCGCUGUUGGGGUUCCUACUUGCAGCGGUCACAUUCGGUCUACAGAUCCCUGCAGGUAUCAUCCUACCUUCAAUCGCUGUGGGUGCCUUGUACGGGCGUGCUGUUGGCUUGACGGUUGAGGUUUGGCAGCAAGCGCAUCCAGGCUGGCUCCCUUUCGCCUCUUGUGAACCAGAUCGACCAUGUGUCACUCCAGGGACAUAUGCCAUCAUAGGCGCGGCUUCCGCCCUUGGGGGCGCUACCAGAAUGACAGUCUCAAUUGUUGUGAUCAUGUUCGAGCUGACUGGCGCUCUAACUUAUGUCUUACCGAUCAUGAUUGCUGUCAUGCUCAGCAAAUGGAUUGGCGACGCAAUUUCGCCCAAAGGCAUCUACGAGUCCUGGAUUCACUUCAAAGGAUACCCCUUUCUCGACAACCGUGAUGAGAACAGCGCUUCUAUCCCUGACGUACCUGCGUCUCGUAUUUUCACCAAGCUAGAAGACUGCGUUGUAAUCACUGUAACCGGCCACACAAUCCAGAGCCUGCAAGACCUGCUGAAGCAGCAUACGUUCCGUGGCUUUCCUGUCAUUGACACGCCACGCGAUGCGUUACUUCUUGGAUACAUUUCACGUACCGAACUCGCCUUCGCCCUCAACUCAGCACUCACCUCACGCUCCCUUUUCCCAGAAACAGAGGCAUACUUCUCCCAUCAACCCCUCUCAGACCCGACUUGCAGCCUCGAUCUACGCCCCUGGAUGGACCAGACUCCAAUCACAUUAAACUUUCGCGCCAGCUUCCAGCUCACGCUGAAUAUGUUCCAGCGUCUAGGGUUGCGCUACGUGUUGUUCAAUGACCGAGGAACGCUGAAGGGCCUACUUACGAAAAAGGAUGUCUGGUACGUGCUCAACGCCAACGACGACGAGAACGGAGUCUUGCGCGAGGAGAACGAGGAGCAAGAAGAAGGAUUGCUGGGCGACAGCAGCCACGAAAACGGCCCGCCGAGUUGGGCAGAGCAUGCAGAGCAUUUCCCGGGGCUGUAGAUUCGUCACGGUCAGGCUGUCUGCAUAUAACAGUAAUGUAAAUGAUAGUGUACGAUACAUGGUGUACGAACUUUGCGCUCAAUUUUUGACUUCCUCAUAUAUAAUAUAAUAACCUCGAAGCCUCCGCACCGGCUGCCGCGCAGUCAUCGGCCGACUGAC